AUUGGAUCCCAAUGGGUCAUUGAAGGGCUGCCACGUGUCAGCACGACAUUGAGCCACGUGGCAUAGGGGGGGGGGAUUUACCCCAAACAUCAGCCGUUUUCAAACUUAAAAAAAAAUGAAAAAAAAAACUUACAAACAAAUUAUACAAGCUUUGGUGUGUGAAAAUAGUAUUUGAGAAAUGAAAGUGUAAAGAUAAACUAAUACUCCGUACUUUUUAAACAGGUUUACUCUAAACCCCGUACUUUAAUUGGACGAUCGUAUAAAGACUUAGCCCAUUUAUUUAUUAGACGGAUCUAACCCAUUAGUAACUGUGGCGGGUCAUGGCUUUUAAUAGGGAUCCAAGGCGUCCAACCCAUUGAAUUGCUCUGUUGAAGCGUAUUCAACGUUCUCCAUUGAAGCGCAGUUGCCGUUCUCCGUUGAAUCUAGUUCUUGUAUCCCCCAUUGAAGCAGCUUCUGAGGAUUCAACUAUGAAAUCAGAGCUCUUUUCCCUGGGCCCAGGGCUGCCGCCCCUCCUGCCCUUCCUCAGGGACGGGCCUGCUCACGAAACCCAGGAAUAUUUUGAUAAACUGGUAGCAUCAAGGCCAUGUCAUGGACUCAAAGUUAAAGUUGAUGGUGAACUUGGAAAGGGAGUAUAUGCUGAUGCUGAAUUCAAAGACGGAGAACUUGUGCUGAAAGACCAAAUGCUAGUGGGCUCACAGCACUCUACCAACAAGAUGGACUGUUUUGUAUGUGGCUCUUGCUUCUGUUUCAUAGGCUCAAUUGAACUUCAAAUUGGGAGAAAACUCUAUUUUCAAGGACUAGGUGCUUCUUUUAGCAAUCAAUGCCAUAGUGACUCUUCUGAUGGGGAAGAUGGCUCUUGUGAACUAGAAGAUACUAAUCUAGGAGAGUGUUCUGCUUCGAACUCAAAGGACAGGAUUCCACUUUCUCAGGAAGUUAUUGAGUCACUAAUGGGUGGCCAACUUGUAUUACCCUACACUGAAAAGUUCUCCUUGCCAUCACCAUAUCCUUGCCCUGGUGGUUGUGGAGAAGAGUACUACUGCAGUAAAUCUUGUGCAGAGAUUGACUGGGAAACCUGUCAUUCUUUGCUUUGUAUCGGGGAGAAUUCGAAGUCUGCUUGCCGGAAAUCACUGUCCAAGUUUGUAGAACAUGCAAAUCAUACUAAUGACAUCUUUAUUCUAGCUGCCAAGGUCAUUGCUAUGACCAGUCUGAGAUACAAGAAGUUGAAGGAAGCUCGUCUCAAAGAAGUAGGCUGUAAACCUUCGAGUGAUGCACCAGUUGACUUAUCAUUACUUCUGGAAGCAUGGAAGCCAUUCUCUAUGGGGUACAAGAGAAGGUGGUGGGAUUGCAUUGCAUUACCUGAAGAUGUUGAGAAAUGCAAUGAAGUUGCAUUUAGAUUGCAGUUUAAAGAGCUUGCAUUUGAGUCACUGCAGCUCUUGAAAGCAGCCAUAUUUGAUGAAGAGUGUGCACCUCUAUUCUCGCUGGAGAUUUAUGGUCAUAUCAUUGGCAUGUUUGAGUUAAAUAAUCUUGAUUUGAUUGUGGCCUCUCCUGUCGAAGAUUAUUUCCUCUUUUUAGAUGAUCUACCAGGAUCCCCAAAGAAAGCAGCUGAAGCUGUAACUCGUUCAAUAUUGGAUGCCCUUGAUGAUGAUUACUCAAUUUGUUGUCAAGGAACUGCGUUCUUUCCUCUGCAGAGUUGUAUGAACCAUUCUUGCUGUCCAAAUGCAAAGGCAUUCAAGAGUGAGAAUGAUAGAGAUGGCCAAACGACGAUAAUUGCUCUACGUCCCAUUGAAAUAGGAGAGGAGGUAACUAUCUCAUAUAUCGACGAGGAACUGCCCUAUGAAGAAAGGCAGAAAUUACUGGCUGAUUAUGGAUUUAGAUGCAAGUGCCCCAAGUGCAUAGAGGAAAAGUCUAACUGAAACAAAUAGCAUAUGCAAUUCAUUUUUGGUAGGUCUGUAAGAAUAUGUUUUAGAUAUCCAGAUAUGCGUUUCGAUAUUAAGCAAUCGGGUUUCAUUUCUCUCUCAGGUAAGGUUAUUGUGUAGAAAGUCGGAUCACAUAGUGAAUGAUUUUUUUUUGUAUGGCUUAUACCUCGCCUUUUUAUGUUUAUCUGCUUCAUUCACCACUUUGUAUAAAAUUUAUUCUAACUUGGUGUUAUGCUUUAUCCAUUGAUAAGUGGAGGUAACUCUUCUAUUGUAGUGUGGUAUUACUCUUAA